GUCGGCAGUUUCCUGCCCUUCACGGGGGGCAAGCGCAUGGACUUCUGCGCGGCUGGGUGCGAGCCCCCCAUCAACGUGGUCGCGUACGAGAUGCCCGGGGUCUCGCCCGAGGACCCGGACAGGCGGCACCUCCUGUCGAGGAAGAGGUAUUAUUUCAACGUCGUCAUGUGGAGCCAGCUCCGGACCCCCGCGCCCGGCGUGCUCAGGAGAGCUUCCUCGGGCCCGGCGCGGAGCGAGGAUGCCGCGCUCCAGGGCGGCCCCGGCGCGCCGGGUUCGCAGCGAAGGCGACGGUGUCCAGAGGUGGCGGAGGCGCUCGACGAUUUUCGGAGGUGCUGCUGCGGCUGGCCAGGACGACUCGGGACGCUCCUGGGCCUCGGUCCCGCUGGCCCCUCCGAGCGCGGCGGCUGCAAGCCGCCUCGGUAG